CACGUAUUGUGUUCCAUUUGUUUGGCGAGCUCUGCGGUGAAACAUGCACAUUCUGUCGUUUGUCUUGUCCUGCCUUCCUCCCCUUUCCAUCUUUCCAUCGCGUCUUGCAGCAUCACAGUGCAGUCUAAUACGUCGCCGCGUGAUUGCAAAGACUCGCACGUGCUCCCAGCGCUUUGUCGGGCUGGCCAGCGCACGCAAACCGAGGGAUGCCGGCCGCGGGGGCCCGCGGUGCUCUGCUCGCCGUGGCCUCGGGGCUCGCCGCUGCGGACUCGCCAGGCGCCGCCAGCGCGCCGAGGUCCGAGGCGGAGGUGGAUCAGCCCCCUCCCCCUCGACGAACACGCGAUUAUCCCGGUUCGACUGUGUCCCGAUCCGGCCCUUCUUUCUGAGGAGUGCGAGCACGCGGCCGCGCGCGUCGAGGCCCUUCGGAGGCGCUCGGUGCUGUCCGGCCCUCGGGCCCCCACGGAGGAGGAGGUCCAGACUUCAGCUGUUGCGGGGGACGACCCCUUUACAUGAGGAGGAGGAGGAGGAGGAGCAGGAGGAGCUGGAGGAGUCUCGCGUCGAGGCCGAGAUGGGCAACCCUGACGCGCCUGGACCCAACAGUUACUUUGCGACCAUUGUGGAUCCGAAAAAUGCCCGGAGCUAUUGCCUGGACAUCGCCGGUUUCCCGCCCCACCCGCAGCGCGACAGCAUCGAGGGCCGCGGCUGCAAGGCCGAGGGCGAGGACGCCCAGUUCAAGUACGAUCCCGACGCGCAGCAAUCCGUUCCGUCAGCUUCAACUGGGAGCGCAACCCGCUGUACAACGGGUCGAAGAACUGUAGAUCAUGGGAGGCGGACUUGGCUUUGACGACGAGUCCUGCUUCUCUCUCUAUCAGCGGAGAAAUAUUGAAGCUGGCCCACCUUCGGCCUCGCGAGAUGCACCGGAAGCGACGGGCAGACAUUCUCGUGAACGAGCAGGGGGCAGUUUAUGAUGGGCGGCGGCUCCUCUUCCUUAUGCGUCGUCUUGGGAACGAACGCGACGGAGCAUUCGGAUGAGGACUUCUUCGCCGACCCCGCGGAGCUCCAGGACUGCGAGACGUGGCCGACGGAGCUGUCCACGUGGGAGGUCCUUCUCCCCAGACCACACCUUCCUUUCUGGCAUUGAUGCCGGCUCCUUCAGUUAGCAGUGAGGGGCCUGCUGGAGCGCGCGAUGUAAAAAGCAAAGCAUGUAUUUCGGAAGCCCGGCCUCGGGGGCUGCCGGGCCGAAGCGCAUUCGGGGCACAGAAGUGCAUGACUUAAGCUCCCCCAUUCCCCCCCCCCCCGCGGCCUCCCCGGAGCUUCCCCGGCUCGCGCAGCUUCCACAUCGGUUCCAAGUCGAUCAAGAUGAUUUCUGGACGGCCCAAGAUUCCGUCGAGGCAGCCCAGGAGGCUCCCAGAGGACCCCCAAUAGGAUCCGAAGAGUCAAACAUAGGUCCAUUUUUU